AGCAACGGGGUUGACACGAAAACAUGGUGUCCGCCAAAUUCUGCUCGUCGAACAAUAGAAUGUAGAAACAAUUUUCUUUUGUUUUCAGUUUGUUGAACCUUCACCAUUUGGUAGACCGAAAUGGCACGGAAGUGUAACCCAUACCCGUUCCCUAGACAUGAAAAUGAUCAUACUUUCACCGGGACUAAGGAAUGCCAGAAACACCCAUUUGAAACGCCGAUCCACGUCGCGCAGAAUGAGAGCCCCUGGAGUCGUCUCAAUGACACAGCCACUCUGGCCAGUGUAAGGCGAAACGUGUGCUACUAUGAUAAAGAGGCUCCAAGAGACAGUCUCGACUUUCAUCUCAAGUCCACUUAUGACCACCAUCAAAAAUUCCAAGGAAACAAGAAUGAAACUCUUUUUCAGCGAGAAACCUAUUCUGAUGAUCAUGGGAGGAUACUGAAGAACAGACAGAAGACUGAGGCGCCCCAGUGUGGGAUUGAGAAGAGGGAGAUUCGGCUCUGGGUCAACCCACAGAAAGCUUCCAUCUACAGCAUCCAGGGAACCAUAGAAUCCCAUCACAACGCAUCUACCAAUCGUGGCUACUCGAGGAAACACGAUGGAGGAUUCUACUCGACUUAAUGGCUCCAAGCAUUGAUAAUGAUACGUGACUCACUUUUACAAUGCACAUGGAAAAUAAACAAAUUAGGAAAACAUAAAA